GGCGCGAGUACAGAUCACAGACAGCGAGACACGCGUGCCACGAGUCAUCGACACAGUAUAUACCGUUUGGGACCUCGAAUCAUCGUCAGUCGAAUUUCACGUUGAAACACAUAACACAACAUACACACUCGCGUCAUAUUGUGCUCCGAUUACGCGAAUCGUAUUAUUUUAUAUAUUUUACAACGGCUUCUGCAACGAUGAACGGAAACGACGACACCAAUAAUGACAACAACGACAGCACCAUAGAGGAAGCUGCGGGCACGGAUCAAGAUCUAACGGAAGAUUACACGUACGACGAGGAAUACGCCGUGGACCAGCACCCGAUCCGACACAUGACCGUCGAGACACCGACGGACGAGGAUGACAGCUCGUUCACGCCCGAAUUCGCACGCCCGGAAAAGGAGGGCAAGAACCGCAUGGUUAUCCCGAUAAGAGCCACUGCCAUGAAGGCGAAAUUCAAGUGUAGCGGCUACAAUGUCUGGAGAAAUUUCUCCGGCACACACUCGGACACACCAAGGCUGGCCAACGGCUACGACAGACCGGUACCUGCCACGGCUCUGCCAAGUGGAGUCAUCGACAUCGAGGUUCUCAAGGACUUGAACAAAGAGUCCUACCUGCCAAACUCGCGUAUCAAGUCCGUGAGGUUUCACAGGUCCGCGUCUCUGGCGAUGGUCGCCGAAUCCUACGGCACGAUCUCCUUCACAGAAAUAAAUAAGGAUGAUGGCAACAAGCCUUUAAAAUCUUUGCUAUUUAACGAAACUAAACUUUCGAGUGUCAUGUUUGUAGGCGACGGGGAUGAAGCUUUCAUCGGCUCUCUCGCAGAUAAAAGUGAUUAUUUUUACGAUUUGACAACUAACAUUGCCUGUAGAACCUCCUUUGAUGAUUACGAUACAAAGUGGGAUGCGAAGACAUUUAGCGUAUCUCCCAAUGGCGCUUGGGUGUCGAUGAGCGGAAAUCAAUCGGAAAUUACGAUAAUGUCGGUCAAGGAAAAGAGAAAAAUAUUCAAAGUAAAUUCGGGGCAGAAAUCGAGGAUCCACUCGUACUCCUUGAACGGCCAAUUCAUUUACACUCACGGAGUCAAGGAAGACUGCACCAGAAUGCAGGUGGUGGAUCUGCGCCAGGGCCAGACGUUGCACGAGUGCCGAUUCGAGAAGGGCACGCUGGGCCACGUGCCCGCGACGCAGUCGCCCAACGGCAGGUGGAUAGCCUUCGGCGGUUUAAAGGGCCGCAUCAGCAUCUUCGCCACGCAAGACAUCGAGACCAAUCGCUUUCCCCUGCCCAUCAUGACCAUCGACAACUUCGACACGCCCGUGACGAGUCUGCGAUUCAGCAAGAACUCGGAGAUACUCGCGUUCGCGUCGAAUCGCGUGCCGAGCGCCUUCCAGAUGUUGCACAUGAACUCGUACUCGCUCUUCCACAAUUUCCAGCACCACAGCGUGGUGAGAUUCAAAAACAAGACCAACGUGACGGACAUCGACUUUUCGCCACAUGCCGGCUAUAUGGCCAUCGGCAAUGCGAGCGGCAGGGCACAUCUCUACAGGCUGCCGCAUUACGACGAGUUUUAAGAUAGAGAGAGAGAGAGACGAUGUGUGAUUUAUAAUUGUAAUUGUAGUCCUUCGUCUAAAGUGUGCUUAAGCGUCCUUAAUGUAUUAUGUAAAUUUCUUGUAGUCAAGUGCAAUUUUAAUUGUAUAUAUUCGUAUAUAUGUGUAACGGAGUCAACAGUCGAACCUUAGAUUUUUAUUCAUCAUGAAAUUGUGUAAAAA